CGUAUCACAGCUCAGCCCGUUACAUUUCAAUCUCAAUCGCUGGUCUAUGGCUGCGCGCACGAGUUCGUCGUCCGCGUUGCCAACAAACCGGACCGCCUAUUUCGUUUUAUUUGCAACAACAGCACCCCCGGGUUAUGUGAUCAAGCAUCCUUUCACACCUUUGUAUCAUGAAGGAACUACGCAGACUUGAAGUACUAGAUCCGUCGCUUAUACUACAUUGCACCGUUGUCCGCGUAUACCUCGUCUCCGCCGACACGUGUGUCUAUCCUUCUCGGGUGUUUAACACGGCAUUCUUGAAGAAAUAUCCAGGGUCGCAAUGUUUGCGCUGGUGUUGCGUCAUCAAGCAACCAUUUAUGGGCGAACUUGCGAUCAGAGGCAUCGUGAAGCUAUUACAAGGCCGCAUGAUGUCUUACGAAGGUUGUGGGAAAAGAUCUUCAGAAAUGGAAGAAGCUAUCUGCGCAAUGUUCAGAUGGUACCGCAACGCGCAUUUUUCCAUUGCCUAUCUCCAUCAGUUACCGACGCCGUCUGACUUCAUCAUGGAUGAAUGGUUCAUGAGGGCGCGGACCCUCCAGAAGUUUCUCGCUCCACAUACGAUGAGGUUCUAUCAUAGAAAAGUGGAACUCACUGGCAAUUAGAGAAAUAGUUUCACGCCCAUAUUUUUCCCGCAUGAAAAGAUGGUGCAGGCAUCGACCCGAGGACGGGUGUUGAUGAGAAUGCUCUUGUUCUCAUCGGUGUUUGACCUGAGCAUCA